CCGCGAACCGCCUGAACGCCUGUGAGCGGUUUCCGCGAGCCGGCGUUCAACUCUCGUUGAAGGAGGGCCUAUAUUGCAUCAAAAGGUUUCCAACACACCUGGACCUGGGGAGAAUGGGUGCUGCACCUCCCGAUGCCGACUUCGUCCGCAGCGAUAUCCUCGAAUACCUCAUUCAUAUUUUCCUCGCUUUUGCGCUGCCUCAAGAAGCUCUCAAGAUCCGAAUACUCAGCACACGUGGUGGACUACGGCUAGUGCGCUCGGUCAUAGCUGCAGUGCAGAGGCUGCUCAACAAGCUGGUCGUCGCAACAGUGGAGGACUUGCAAAGUAGUCGGACAGCCUGGCAGUUCGACGCGGAUGGCUCGAUUUAUCAAGCGUUUACCAGACCUCAGUCCAGCACUCGAAUUGCCGUCACGAGUUGUAUAUUUUCGGGGCGGUGUAUCGUGGCUAUUCGUAUGUUCGAGGAGUAUCGGGACCAAGUGCGUGAGAUGCUCCUCUCGCGCCCCUUGCUAGCGCCUCCAUCGCCUGUCGUGUCCGAACCAAUCGAGAGUCCCCAACGGACAGCCCCAGCGGCACCCAAGAGCGCAGAAAAGGGUACUGGUCGGCGCCAGGAUGGAGCGCCUAUCUCCCCGGAAUCCUGCCAUUCAUCGCGCCCAGCCGCGCGGUCCUCGUCUGGAAAAGAUGCCAAAUCCCAGGGCUCGGGCGACACGGUAAAACUCCUGCCUCAAAAUAAGGGAUUGGACGCGAAAGCGGAAGAUCUUCGCCCACACUUGACAAUCCCUCGCCGCGCUUUAGCGCAAGGCGACCAGAUGUGCAUACCCACCGGCGGGCAGACUGCAGUCUCGCCUAGUAAGGAUGACGAGCCAAUCCGAGGGCGCGAUGCUGAGAGGAACAUACCUCGAGUCGUAGAUCGUGAGGCCGAUGCAAUGACAAGUAGCUCCUCGUCCUCUCCAACGAUCAGCGUGGCAUUUUCGUUGGGUCCGAUUGCUGCUCGCCACGCUGCACGAGGCUCGGCUUCACCAGAGGAACCUGGACGAAGAGACUCAGCCGCUUUACCCUGCUUGUUGGUGCACGCACCGCCUGACUCGUCCCGCACUUCAAGCCACGAUACGAAGGCUCGGAAGUCGCAGACGAGCGACGUCCCGGCUGGCAAACAAGAAAUCCGAGGUCGAGCGAGCAACUCCUUCCAAGUGUUGAGUUCGUCCCCGAGCGGCGAUGACACGCUGAGGAACACCCCUUCCGCACCACGCUCUCGCCCGGGGAAUCCCUCUCGAACGCGAGCGGAUGAUUUGUAUGAAGUUGUCGCCAGGGACCAUGUCCAGCUGCGAAGUGACGAAGGCGUCGCCUGCAGAUCUUCAGCAGAUGUGCGCGACCCGACAAGCGUCGCGCUGCCCAACCGAUCUCGCGAGAAGCCGACAAGCCCGAGCUCUUCAAGUGGUACUCCCACUAUGGUCAAGCAACACGUAGGAAUCAGCUCACAUAGCUCGCGCGACACGCCAGAGAACUCACCUCAACGCGCCAAACACGAUUGUGAUAAUCCCGCGCAGUUUUCGGACUCGGAUGGUGAGUGCCGCGCUCUGCGAGCUAGUCCCGACAGCUUCUCGCCAUCGCCUUCCUCCGCGCCUCGCAUCCAUGCAGCUCGCGAGAUGCCUGACAGGACGUCCUCCAAUGGCCCGGUCGCGCACAGCAGCCAGACCGCUUCGUGUUUGCACUCUGCUUCUGUGCCGCUCGUCGCUCCUCUCCUUCGGUCGCCUCACCGUGCAACCACUGGAGGUGGUCCCGAUAGCGCGAAUUGGCGAGUGCGUAGGCGGCCAACGACCUUGUUGCUGCGGGACGUCGGCACCGUCAAUGCUGACGCGCAAAGCGGGAGCAUUGACGAGCACGAGCGAGCUUUCCAGGCCUUCAAUCUGAAAGUGGACGUCAAUAGAUCUCCCAGUGCAGGCGGCAACGAGAAAGGCUCACCUCGAGACGCCGAAUCAAAUUCGAACGUCGUAAAUUCUCACCGCCCGCGCUGGGAGACUUCUGGUCAAGCUUCCACUCAAGGCUGUCUGCAUUUGAGCGCUAGGGGGCAGACAGUGGUCCCGUCUUAUAACGGCGUCAAACCCCGCACAAUCGAGGCGAACAGCGCACCUCUCCAAAACGACUCGGGCCAGGACAAGAUGACGAGCGGCUCAUCGUCCUCCACCGCCUCUGGGACGGUGUUGUCUUCAUCCUCGACCAACGCUCUUGUCGCGCGAGGCUCGCAUUCACCCAACAGACCUGGACAAACGGACUCAGCAGCUUCACCCCUCUCGAUAGCGCACACCUCACCUAACGCAUCUCGCUCCUCAAGCCGCGAGAAGAAGGCUCCGAGUAUGCGUGACAUUCACUCCCCGGCCAUCCAACAGGUCGAGUGUCAACCGAGCAGCUCCUCCCAAAGUUGUGUCCUCUUCCCGAGCCAUGAGGACACGCUAGCAACGGCACCUUCUGCUUCUUCUUCAGCAGCUCGCGCGGUCAAUUCCCCAGGAGCGCGAGCCACGGAGGCAGUCGAUAUGGGUCAAAUUGUCGCUAGGGGCAGCAAGCAACAGCAAAGUGCGGACUUCAAGGGGUCAGGAGGUGUCAGCGCGGUCGAGGAGGAAAAGGGUGAAGGCGUAUCCUGCAGAGUUUCACCAGAGGUGCUUGACUCGAAGAGCAUCCCGCAGCCCGACCGAUUCUGUGAGAAGUCACCAAGCUGCGACACUUCGAGUUGUGCUAUGCUCGAGACGCGGACACGAAUCAGCUCGCAUAGCCUGCGCGACACGCCAGAAUACUCACCUCGAAGCGCCGAACGUGACUGUGAUCAGGAGAACACCGCACGUUCACCGGACUCGGAAAAUCAGUACCACCUUCGCCGACCCAGCUCUAACCGCCGCUCGUCAUCGCCCUCCUCCAUGCCGGAAAGCCAUGCAGCUCGCGAGCGGUCCGACCAGACGACCUCAAGCGGCUCGGGUACACGCAGCUUCUCAUUCACUUCGUAUUCACGCUCUGCCACUGUCCCGUCCGCGGCUCCUCCCCCAAGGUCGUCUCGCCGUCCAACGUCAGGUAGUGGUCCCGAUAGCGUGAACUGGCGAGCGCUUGGGCGGCCGACGACCUUGCCGCUGCGAGAGGUCGGCAUCUUUGAUGCUGGCUCGCGAAGCAAAAGCGUCAGUGAGCGCGAACAAGCUUUUGAGGGCCUCAAUUUAGAAGAGGAUGACAUUAAAUCCCUCGAUACAAGCGGUGAGGAGAAAGGCUUACCUCAAGACGCCAAAGCGGAUGCGAACGUCGGGAAUUUUCACCGCUCACGCUCGAAGGCGUCUAGUCAGGCGUCGGCACAAGGCUAUCUACGCGUGUACGCUGGGGGGCGGAUGUUAGCCUCGUCUCGACGAGACGGUAAACCCCAAAGCUCACGCAACACGGGGAGGUGCUCACCGCAGAGCACCGGAUCGGAUACCAUCACGACAGCCCCGGACGAUUCAGGUUGUACUCCUGCUAUGGUCGAGCCGCACUCAGGAAUCAGCCCGUGUAGCUCUCGCGACUUUUGGGAAUGCUCACCUCGAAGCGCCAAGGACGAUGGUGGCAGGAGCCCAGUGCAGUUCCCGGUCUCAAAUGGUCAACGCCGCGCCCGGCGAGCAAGCGUUCUCGGCCUUUCGGCCUCAACGUACACCGCCUCGCCCAUGAUUGCGGCUCGCGAGCUGCCCGACAAGCUCUCAGACCGCUCGGGUACGCACAGCUGCCAGGCCGUCCAACUUCAACACCCUGCUCGCGUCCCAGCCACCGGCCUUCCUCGUCGGUCAUCCCGCAUGCCAAGGAACACGAGCGGUCCUGAGACGGCAGAUUGGCAACAAAUCGUAAGCUCCUUUCGCAACGACACCACUCCGUGCGGCUCGCGAGACAGAACAUGGCUCUUAUCUCGACUCGACGCCGCGGACACCACAGCGCCCAGCGCAUUUCGGCUUCACUUCCACGCUUUUAAGCGCGGACGGAUUCCUGAGCCGCUGGAGGACAGCGCAGGCAGUUUGAAGCGCGGGUAUGCUGGGGGGCAGGCGGUGCUCUCGUCCUGCAAGGACGUCAAGCCCCUGGAUGCGCGCAAAAGAGAGAAGGACCCAUCACCUUUCACCGCGUCGGAUGUUGAGCACCAACACUCGCUAUCCUCGAAGCCCAAUCGGGCGAUGCCUCCGGCAUGCGGCGGGGGAGACUUGCCGCUAGGCUGUAAUGGGUUAGACGUUGACCAGGGUUCCUCUUGCUCACCAGACAGUCCACCGCUCUCGUCCGCGCGAGAAGCGGAGGUGAUCGAACCGACACGUGAAUCAGGCUCGAGCACGGAGGACGAUGUCAGAUUGAUCGGCAGAAGAGGGCACGACUCACCUGGCAAGCACUCGGUCAAUGCGUACAGUGAAGAGAACCACUCUCCUCGCCUUGCCAAAGCAGAUACCACUCGGAAUUUGGGACACUGCACGCACGUGCGCGACUCCGAGGAAGAAGUGUUCGCUCUUCUCUCGAUGCGCGGACCACCAGAAGGGCGACUGAGCGACAACGCGGGGAGGUCAAUAACGAUGCUGUCUUGCGUGAGUGGCGAAAAGCUCAAGGAUUACCAUGAAUGCGCGCGCUUUGUCCCGGUCCUCCGCACGCGCCGUGUGCAUUGCGCGUCUCCCGCAAGCGCGCUGAACCCGCUUUGGAAGGAUCGCGAGGUUGCUGUACCCGAUGCGUGGGAUACUUAUCUGCCGCGUGGACUGCCGGACAAACAAGCGGGUGGAAAUGUCGGGGUCCUCCAUGUCGGAAGGCCAAGCACAGAUGCGACUCCGCGACCUGGUGGAAGGAUCAGCUUGAUCAUUACGGAUGGAGAAUGGACCAUGGGCUACACACUGGACUUUUACAAUGAUCCUGGGGGGCCGAUACGCGUCACAUCUUCAGUGGACAUCCAUCUCUCGGGGGUCUGCCAGGCUCAAGCAGUCUCGCCGCCGCAUGCCUGCCUGUCUUUGCGCGAAUUAGCGGCGCACGUCGAGCGCGCGAAGGAGGCGCCAGGCCGACCUGAGAAUGGUGCACAACCGGUCGGCGACACGUACGCGAGUUCGGGGCGCGAACUCGCGCACAGAUUCCAUCAAGGCGCGUACAAUACCUGCGAAAAGAGUCAUGGCUUUUUCGGUACAGGCAAGGCGGUUCGGGACUUAGCAAAACGCGGCGAGUACGUGUUGCGCAAACGGCGCAACAAUAACGCGCUCCUUGAUGUUCGCAUUGUGCCGCACACGAGUCAGUCGCCACUCCGCGCGUUCUCCACGGCCAGGUCAAACUCCGUACCUCAAGCCUCCCGCGCUCGCUCAUUUUCCCGUGCGCUGGCACCGCUCAUCAAGUGCCCGUUCUCAUACGCAGGCGAGAUUGCUCUUAUCUCUGAGGCGAGCAUGGGUGAACGAUGUCGCCAGCUCUUCACGCGGGAGAGGACGUACCUUCUCAGUCCACGGAGGGAGAUGACCGCGCCGAUUCGCGCAGAGACGGAAACUGGGGGGCCGACUAAUUGCAGCCGCCGGUUCGACUGUCCGCUUCUCGGGCCUAGCGGCGCGCGCAAACUAUCGUAUAUCAGCAACUCAUCCAGAACGAUGCGAGGCAACUCACUUCAAGAUCUCGUCCCAGCUCGCCUUGCGGCGGAGCCACAGGAAGUACGUUCUCGAGCGAAUCUGCCGUUUUUCGUGGCAAAUCAGCGCUGUUUGGCUGCCGGUCAUCACUUUUCGGCCGCGCUUGUGCACAAACUUCAGCAAAUUCCCCUCCGCGCGCAGGCCACGUCAAAUGCUCACCGAUUGCGCCCCGCCACAGAGGAGCUAGUCGCAUUCCAUCGCUACCCAUCUCGAUCCUCGGGGGUGUACACAUGUAGCGUAGCACCGGGCUACGAGUCGAUGCCGCCCAUCGGCAGACACUCCAAGUACCUGAGGGUUGGUUGCCGCUGGACAGUCUGCAUGGUCUUCUCGCGCAACCACGAUGCUGGGGGGCUGAUAAGUCAAGAAAUCCGAGCGCGAUUCGACAUGUCUCGCACACAUCGGGACCACGACGGCAAGGACGCGCCUUGCAGUAUCUGGGCAAGCCAGUGCCACUCAAUCGCGGUAUCUCGGCCCGGCGACGCCGAUGCCGAGCGCCAGCUUCGCGUCUCCCCCAUCGCUCUUCGCAGUGCCGCGUUCCAUGCGCGCGAUCGUCACCAAAAACCUUCCGCCCGCCCCAUCCACCGACUCCGCUCCCAGAUCUGCUGUCUAUACCCGGCUCGGCUUGGCUCGCUUCCCUCCGCACUCGCGUUCGAGGCGCAAUCGUCUGCAUCUUUCCCGGCAAGCUCGCGGACGAUAUCCAACGGUGUUUACAUUCGCAGCACACCCCCGGGAUCCCGAGUCUGCACUGCGAAUGGGGGGGCCCAGGGGGAGGUACUCCCCUGCGGAUGCGAGGAGAGAACAACAAGCAUCUCAGCGUCGGCGCAGUGGCUAGCGAGACGCUGCCACUCACUCGAUAGAGGGGCACCGCGCUCAAAGGAAUCAGGGACUAUGCUAGCGGAUGUGAUUGGCCCAGGCACCGGAAGGGUCGCCUCCCGCCUCGUCGUAGAGUAUUACUCCGACGCGGGCACUCUCUUAUUCGAUCUCACGCGCGCGCGUCGUUACACGCGCACUACACGCUACCCGAGCGCUUCCGCGCCCGACCGUCGCCAACGGGCGACCACUCUGCUUCCGCUCCUACCCACUCGACUGGCGAGAUCCCCACUCGCGGGCACAGAGCUCCCGCACCGUCUACCUGCUGGAACGGAAGGUCGUUCAACAGCGCCGGCUGGCGCUCCUGCCUGGGUGGCGGAGGAGCAAGCGACCGACGAACCCCGGACGCAUCGCCUACACGCCCACAUUAUGCUGCCCCCGGAUGACAAGGAUCAGGCCUCUGGUUGCGCCAUUCAGCCUGAGCCUCGUAUCGGGCUUCAGGAUAACCAUUCGAACGCGGUCGACGAGGGACCGGCGACCGAUGUCGAUGCUGAUAACGCCGCUGACUCUGUUCCCCUGCCUGCUAUCCCUGAGGUGUCUAUCAUAGCCCCGACCCUUUUGGACCGUGAAGACGAGGUGCUUCCCAGGCGCGAUCCCGCGGCCCCUCCGGCGAACUCUCGACCUCUUAUAGUGGCGGCCCAGGAAGCUCGACUCGAGGACGCCGAAGAGCAGGAUGGACGAGCGACGGGCACCGACGUCGGUCCUGAUGAUGAAAGUUCUGCGUCUGCCGCGGAUCCUGCUUCCCCAAGUCCGCCUGCAGAGGAUGGCUUCAUCGACAGUCCCGAAUCCACCGCCCCGGCUGCGCAUGUGCAGGCCACGACCGAGGACGACCCCAUUUGGACCCUCGUAGGCUGCCGUACGACCAAAGAGCUCUGUCCGGGAGCCCUCCAGCUCGUCAUUGACGCCGGCACUGACGGCGAGGUCGGCGAUUGCCAAGUCCUCCUUCGCGCGGACUUCAACGAGGCGAUGGAGCGGCUUCCCGGGAUCUGCGAACCCCGGAAGAUUUGGUUGUCCCAGCUUCAUUUGCGCAUCGGCAGGGCUCAGGAUCGACAGGGAGAAGAUACGAUGCUGAGGGUUAUGCGCUGCCUCAAGCCUUAUCUGCGCUUCUUCUCUGCCGUCCAUCUCGACCUAAAGCAGGAAUGCGACGUCGACCUGGACAGCUCGGGUCGAUUCACUGAAUUUUCCCACCUGCUAUCCUUGCGCAUAGAAGGACAGGCGAAUCUGAACCAUUUCCUAUCUUUUCCGCUUCACAACCUUCGCUACCUCGACAUCAAGGUUGAAUUGGAUUCCUAUAGCAUCUUGAAAAUCAUAGACCUUUCCAAGACGCUGGAAGUCCUGACGCUGGACUACGCCAGCGAACAUUCUGCGGGUGGUACUCGUCCUACGAAGUCGCGGACGCAGGGCGUGCGCUUCCCGCCAGCCAUGUUCAUCACGACAGAUGAUCCUAAGGAGCUGUUCACUGUGGACCCCAAACCGGGUUGUAGCCACCCGACUUUUCACCCGAUGAAAGCAGUAAAAAGGCCCAUCAAACCGAGUGAACUCAAGGAAUUUUAA